GAGAGGCAUACUAGAGGUUGUAUGACAAGUGAAUUUUAUUGUACAAUUGCGACGUUUUGGCAUAGACGCUUAUACAGUUUGGUAAGCUGUAAUUAGUUACGGAGAUAAGUUGGAUUCUAUUGGUCACUGACAUGAAUCUUAGGCGUCCACGGUAGUCGUGGUCGCCUUAUCAGUUGGCGUGUGCCGAUGUGGCAAAAUGUCGACCCUGUCAAGAAUUCGGAAAACAUGCUUUCCAAGUAAACAACUAAGUAUCGUGGCCCUCGGUGUCAUCUUAGUGGGAGCCGUCUUUGUAUAUUACAACAGCGGACAAAGUAACUCAUUUACACGUGAAAACAAACAGUUUUACAGAAAUAAUGUUCUUGAAGAGAAGGUAAAAUCUUUGAAAGAUGGACGAAAACAGGAAAAGGUUGAAGAAAAUAACUUCCUUUCAACUGGAGAAGUGCAUCCUAAAAAAGUUGGAGAUGAGAAUACAUCCCUUGCCACUGACGGAGAUCUCCCAGAGGAAAUAAAUGUUAUUAUCACAUUUACUAACGCUCAUUCUAGUCCUUCUCUUCAGAGGAAAUUUACAGUUACUGUGACAACAAUGCUUGCUGCAACGUCUGCCCCUUUAGCUCUUCAUAUACUGGGCGACAUGGAAAGUCAGAAGCUAGCUGCUUCAAUUAUCAAGGAAAAUGUUAAAUCAGACAACUAUCGGAUAGUUGUCCUUGACAUUGAGGAUAUCACACACCAUCUUUAUGAUCUUGUGAAGGACAUGCAGAGCAAAUUCAGUGGCCAGCGUUCAUACUACCAUGAUGCAUUGUUCUUCCUGUCCAUUGCUAUACACAGGGUGCUGCCCACAGACAUUCACAAAGUCGUCAUGCUAGAUGCCGACCUGAAGUUUCAGGGGGACAUCAAGAACCUGCAUGUACUGUUCAAUAACUUCUCUGACACUAAUGUGAUGGGGAUAGCCCAUGAGGCCCAGCCAGUGUACCGCCACCAGUUCCACCAGUACAGAAAUCAAAACAAGGGAACGCGUGUCGGAGAGCCCCCACCCAAUGGCCUGACAGGCUUCAACAGUGGUGUUCUUCUCCUGGACAUUGACAGGAUGAGGUCAUCAGCUGUCUACAAUUCUCUCAUCACAGCUGAAGUGGCUGAACAGCUGAAGAAGAAGUACAGCUUCAGGGGUCACCUUGGCGAUCAAUGCUUCUUCACCCUUUUAUCGUUGGAACAUGAGGACCUGUUCUACGUUCUUCCCUGUAACUGGAACAGGCAGCUGUGUACAUGGUGGAAGGGGAAAGGUUACGACGAUGUGUUCGAUCUGUAUUUUAAAUGUGAAGGUCAUAUCAAUAUAUAUCAUGGAAACUGUAAUACAAAAAUUCCAGAUUGAUGCUAAUUUGGUGUAAUCAUUGAAGUUUCAUCCCCAGAACCUUAAGCUGCAAUCGACAGAGUGAUGACAGCACUAUGUCUACUGUAAGUCUGUUCUGAGAUUUGGGAAGUGUCUGCAAUAUGAUUAAGAGAUCCGAAACUUGACCAAAUGCUAUAUUUCACCUAUUUCACGAAUUGCAAAAUAGUAAUUUGACGCCUGUCUUUUGUCACAGGUAAAUGUCUGAAUCCCAUUAAUAGCAUAUGAUGUGAACAGUUGAAUCCCAAACCUACCUCCGAGGAGUAAGUUGACAUGCAUGCAGCUCAAGUUUCACUGUUGUGAUGAAUGUUGUGUUUCUUGUGAGACAUUAUCAGGGUGUAAGGUCACAUGUUCCAAAUGACAAACACCCACUGGACCAGAGAUGUGCUGUAUGAAUGAACAGAAUGUGCUGUUUACAGCAGAACAUAAAGUAACGCCACUGAGCUCUAGGGUCAUCAAUUACCUAAAGUGUGAGUCCUCUGUAGUAAUACCCUUGACCUACACCACUAUGGGUGAAUCAGUACGCUCUUACCAUGGUACGGUAUGUAUUGCGGUACAAGACCUUCAGUUCGGUCCGUUUCAGUUCGGUAUUUGAGACCUGAUCAUAAUGCAGAAAAGAAAUGCAUAGAUUUGGACAAACUGAUUUGAUUUCUAGGCAUUUUAGAAAAGGUUUAAAAAAGGUUAAUGAAACGAUGUUUCGAAAACCGAAAAUACAGAAUUCUUUCAUUACAUUACAGUAUACCAAACAAAG